GAGAUCGACGCCCCAACUCAGCCCUGCCGUAAACACGCGCGGUCUUGCGACAGUGCCGCGCCUGCCGCUACGUGCGCGCCCUCUGCCCCCAUCUCCACUCUCCGCCCGGCCGCCAUUGCCUCGUGCCCGCGCCGGUCGGUUGGUGGCGCCUUUGUCCUACGGCGGGCAGGUGGGCCGACGCGGAGGCGGCAGCGGCGGGCCUGAGGCGAAGGAGCGGCCGGGAGCCCGCCGCGCUGGUAGCGAUAUUAAUAAGGCAGCGGAAAGAAGAAAUAUGAAUACGGCUCCAUCAAGACCCAGCCCCACACGAAGGGAUCCAUAUGGCUUUGGAGACAGUCGAGAUUCAAGGCGUGAUCGAUCCCCAAUUCGAGGAAGUCCAAGGAGAGAGCCCAGGGAUGGCAGAAAUGGCCGGGAUGCCCGGGACAGCAGAGACAUUCGAGACCCCCGAGACUUGCGGGACCACAGACAUAGUAGAGACUUGCGGGAUCACAGAGACAGCAGGAAUAUGCGCGACGUUCGGGACGUGAGGGAUCUUAGAGACUUUCGUGAUGUAAGAGACUCUAGGGAUUUUCGAGAUCAGCGAGACCCCAUGUACGACAGAUACAGAGACAUGAGAGACUCCCGAGAUCCUAUGUACAGGAGAGAAGGCUCUUAUGACCGAUACCUACGAAUGGAUGACUAUUGCAGGAGAAAGGAUGACUCUUAUUUUGACCGUUACAGAGAUAGCUUUGAUGGACGGGGCCCUCCAGGCCCAGAAAGUCAGUCUCGUGCAAAAGAGCGUUUGAAACGUGAGGAACGGCGUAGAGAAGAGCUUUAUCGUCAAUAUUUUGAGGAAAUCCAGAGACGCUUUGAUGCUGAAAGGCCCGUUGAUUGUUCUGUGAUUGUGGUCAACAAACAGACAAAAGACUAUGCUGAGUCUGUGGGGCGGAAGGUGCGAGACCUGGGCAUGGUAGUGGACUUGAUCUUCCUUAACACAGAAGUGUCACUGUCACAAGCCUUGGAGGAUGUUAGCAGGGGAGGUUCUCCUUUUGCUAUUGUCAUCACCCAGCAACACCAGAUUCACCGCUCCUGCACAGUCAACAUCAUGUUUGGAACCCCGCAAGAGCAUCGCAACAUGCCCCAAGCAGAUGCCAUGGUGCUGGUGGCCAGAAAUUAUGAGCGCUACAAGAAUGAGUGCCGGGAGAAGGAACGUGAGGAGAUUGCCAGACAGGCAGCCAAGAUGGCCGAUGAAGCCAUCCUGCAGGAAAGAGAGAGAGGAGGCCCUGAGGAGGGAGUGCGCGGGGGCCACCCUCCAGCCAUCCAGAGCCUCAUCAACCUGCUGGCAGACAACAGGUACCUCACUGCUGAAGAGACUGACAAGAUCAUCAACUACCUGCGAGAGCGGAAGGAGCGGCUGAUGAGGAGCAGCACCGACUCUCUGCCUGGCCCGAUUUCCCGCCAACCACUCGGGGCGACCUCGGGUGCCUCGCUGAAGACACAGCCAAGCUCCCAACCGCUCCAGGGCGGCCAAGUGCUCCCCUCUGCUACACCCACUCCAUCUGCACCCCCCACCUCCCAGCAAGAGCUUCAGGCCAAAAUCCUCAGCCUCUUCAAUAGUGGCACAGUGACGGCCAAUAGCAGCUCUGCAUCCCCCUCAGUUGCUGCCGGAAACACCCCAAACCAGAAUUUUUCCACAGCAGCAAACAGCCAGCCUCAACAAAGAUCACAGGCCUCUGGCAAUCAGCCUCCAAGCAUUUUGGGACAGGGAGGAUCUGCUCAGAAUAUGGGCCCCAGACCUGGGGCUCCUUCCCAGGGGCUUUUUGGCCAGCCUUCCAGUCGCCUGGCACCUGCUAGCAACAUGACUAGCCAGAGGCCCGUGUCUUCCACAGGUAUCAACUUUGACAAUCCAAGUGUACAGAAGGCUCUGGAUACCCUGAUCCAGAGUGGCCCUGCUCUCUCCCACCUGGUUAGCCAGACCACAGCACAGAUGGGGCAGCCACAGGCCCCCAUGGGAUCUUACCAGAGGCAUUACUGAAGCUAAAUCUUUCAACUCACCCCAGUCCCCUCAUCCCCUGGCCUCCUCCCACUUACUUGUUCUAAAUAGAGCUGUUUGGAGGAUGUUGUCUGCGCUCCCAGGCCAGCAUCGAGUGUCAUCAGUUUCUACCACCUGCUCUCUCUUCUGCCUAAGGCUGUGUUGCUUAUUUCUUACAAAGUUUAUACUGCAUUUGGGGUUGUAUCUUUUUUUUGUUUUUUGUUUUUUGUUUUGUAGAAAAUAAAUAUCUCCAGGGCAUCACUUGGGCAGUACAGGUGUCUGGGCUUAUAUUUGAUGGGGUUUCUCCGGUCCCUGUUUCUACUGGAUUUGGAGCCAGGCCCAGCUAGCCAAGUUUGGAAUGGCAUUUGUCAUGUCAGUAGCCACCACCUUUGUUAAUUGUGAACCUACCAAGGCUUUCCAGCUUCAUACACGUCGACCAGAGCUCAAGCUCCUGCCUGCAACUCCUGCCUAGAGUUGAAGAAAAGCAAACUGGCCUUGGCAGGCACAGUGUCAUCAUACCCUCACCCCAUAUGUUUGGGGUCUGCUUGAGGAUUCAUAAAUCAGCCACUCUGGAUUGUUGAGGAAUGGCCAUGGCAGCCACAGAAAAAAGAAUUUUUCUCUCUGAGCCAAGGUUGUUUUUUGUUUUUUCUCUUUUCUUUUUUGUUUUCAUUUCAUUGGAAGAUCUCCAAUGGACUGAACAGCUCCAGUCAGCAGCAGUUACCACAAACUGUGAAUCUGGGCCCCACCACUCUUCCCCAUUACCAGUUCUGUCAGCAUCCCCCUCUCCAGCGGCACUUCCAUGGAGUCGGUUCUGAGACUCUGGCCGUGAACACCCGUUUCUUCAGUGAUUUGUUUUGGGCUUUUGGCUCAAAACCCCAGGCUCUUGUUUUUGUCUAGACUCUUACUCUGUUUCCUGAGCAGCAGGAGGUAGGGACCACUUUGAUGUCAGACUUCUGGUAGCUGGACAUGUUCUUGAGAUAGGUGGCUGUUCACGACUUUUGUACUAGAGUGAAAUUGUUAGAGGGAGGGCUUCUGGCUGUGGUUCUAAAUGGAGCCCCAGGAAGCUGCCCUCUCCCCAGGGUUUGUGCUCAGUAGAGCCCUGUGGAUCACAGUCUUGAGGUCCUCUAGCAGGGGUGAGGGAGAGCAGCGACUUCAGCUGAGUCCCUGCCAGUGGUUAAGCAAACAAUGGUUUCAAAAUUCAAGGUCCCCAAAUGGCAGCAUUUUAUGUUCUGACCUGUUUGUGUUAUAUAGUGGUUUUUUUUUCCUCUUUGGAACUCUUGUGUUGUUAAUAAAAUGAAAUGAUUACUUUUUAAUUAAAAUGAAAAAAGUAAAA